AACACGGAAUCCACAGCCGUUUAUUUUAGCAAGACGCUCGUCCAUACCUGUUGUCAUGCACCGCCCCUUAUCCUACGCCGCUCUCCCUGUUCCUAUAUAAAUGCAUUCCCCAGCCCAAUCUCGUCCAAGUUUUGCUUGACAUUUACACAAGAAGCAAUUCUCAGAAUAUUCGCUUUUCCACAGAAAAGAGAGGGCGUCCGAUCCACACCUGAGCACAAAAUGGAAAAUCCCGAGCAUGUACAAAAUAUAUCAGUGGUAUGGAGGGGGAAGAAGUUUACCAUAGAAAUGGGUUCAGGCGCUACACUCAAGGAGCUUGGGCUCAAACUACAAGGAUUAACAGAUGUCAAAGCAGAUACCAUGCGGCUCAUUGUUCCACAAUCUUCCAACAAAACAUCGAAGCUGCUGUCUCCUUUCUCCGAUGAGCAGGCGUUUUUAAGUUUGGAAGAAAUUUCCAUAACAAAGGGCAAGUCUAUCAGAAUGAUGGGUGUGCCUGGAAGUGAGGUUGAUGAAAUUCUACAAAAUGCAAAAGCAAAUUUAAGGGUAGCUGGAUUUGAAGAAGAGGAAAAGAGACUGAGGCAGCGGAUGUCAGAUAGGCCUCAUGCUUCCCCAAAACCUCCACAAGGACCUUAUAUAUUUUGUCAUUUCCGCACACUUGAGAUCCCAGGAAUUGAGAUGAAUCCUCCAGCCUCAGAGGCACUGAAGAGAAUGCAUAUGCUUGCGGCAGAUCCUGGGAUUGUUGCUAUUAUGAACAAGCAUCAUUGGCGCGUAGGUAUUAUGACUGAGUUGGCCCCUAUUGGUUAUGUUGGCAUAAGUCCCAAAUGCUUGCUUGGUUUCAAUAAGAAUCAUGGAGAGGAGAUAUCCUUGCGUCUUAGAACUGAUGACCUUAAGGGUUUCCGGAAGUAUGAAAGCAUCAAGAAAACUCUUUUGCAUGAACUUGCUCACAUGGUACACUCGGAACAUGAUGAAAACUUUUAUGCUUUGGAUAAACAGUUGAACCAAGAAGCUGCUAGUUUAGAUUGGACAAGAUCAAGGAGUCGUACAUUGAAUGGUGUCCGAUAUUCAGGACAUUAUGAGGACGACGACUACAUUGGUGACAGUAGUAAUACUCCUCAGAAGCUUGGAGGAAGUACUUUGGAUCAGCUUGCGAAUGCACGUGCAUCUUCAGUUGCUGCUGCCUACCGCCGUUUAUCAAAUGCUUCUGUGAACACCUGGGGAGGAUCUGUAGCAAGUGAAGAACCAGACCCUGAUGACUCUGGGUUAAAUACACAUGGACUACCUGCUUCUAUGGAUUCCAUGGAAAAUGAAAACUUCAAUACAAAUAUCCAAAGUCCCAAUGAAGCACAGAUAAAACCUGUUUCUGAGCCUGAUUCCGACAAUCUUUCUGGCGACCAAAACAAGCUUGAACCCAAUCCUUGUGAUUCGCAGUACGGUGAAACAAUGGAUUCUGAAUUUUAUCCAGAAUUUACUGGAAACAGAACCGUAUUUGGACAAGGUUUCAGUAACUAUGUGCCAAUACCACCCUUGCUGCCUUCAGAAACUAAUAGAAAGUUGGGAGCCACAAAGUUGCAUGAAGAGCCUGAUCCUGAUAAGAAUCAAGAGAUGGAGAUUCUGGACACUGGAAUUCAAACAAGGAAGGACAUUGAUGAACCUGAUCCUGAUGAUUCUCAAGCAAAUGGAGCUGUUCAGACUGAGCCUGAUCCUGAUGAUAAGCUGGGGCACGCAUUUGGAGUAUCAAGAAUGCAAACUUAUGAACCUGAUCCUGAUGAUUCUCAAGCAAAUGGAGCUGUUCAGACUGAGCCUGAUCCUGAUGAUAAGCUGGGGCACGCAUUUGGAGUAUCAAGAAUGCAAACUUAUGAACCUGAUCCUGAUGAUUCUCAAGCAAAUGGAGCUGUUCAGACUGAGCCUGAUCCUGAUGAUAAGCUGGGGCACGCAUUUGGAGUAUCAAGAAUGCAAACUUAUGAACCUGAUCCUGAUGAUUCUCAAGCAAAUGGAGCUGUUCAGACUGAGCCUGAUCCUGAUGAUAAGCUGGGGCACGCAUUUGGAGUAUCAAGAAUGCAAACUUAUGAGCCAGAUCCGGAUGAUCAAGAACUACAAAGAAUCCAAGACCCUGUAACGUUCCUUUGUAGUAGGCUGAAGAAGGCCAUUGAGAUGCUGCAAGUCGAAGUUACUCCCUUGGAAGCUACUGCAGUCCUACAAACUUUGUCUAAGAUAAUUAGGAAUGUGAUUGAACACCCUGGUGAGAUGAAAUAUAGAAGACUGCGCAAGGCAAAUCCCAUAAUCCAAAAGAACGUCACAAAUUAUCAAGCUGCGAUGGACAUUCUUUCUUUGAUCGGUUUCAAUGAAGAUGUUGUGUUGGACGAGAUUGGUAAAGCAGAGACUUACCUAGUUUUGAAGCGGAAUGAUCCCGGCUUACUGUGGCUUGCAAAGUCUUCCCUGGAAACGGCUUACUAGUGAUGGAAGUGCGUAGAACAUAUCAAAACAGUGAAGGUGCCAUAUGUAAAUCGUGCAGUUAUACUUCAUAAAAUUCAGGAUUGUACGUUUGGUAUCAUAGUUUGUUGAUAAAACGUUAGUAGCAGAUAAAAUGGUUGUUUAGGAGUCCAAUUGCCGUUAACAGCCCGUUUAUGUUAGCGAUACUGUCAAACUAUGGAAGCCCGACAUUGUCCAGAAAGAUGGUUGUUUAUAAAAUUAAAUGGAUGAGGGAUUGAAAAGUUUGUUGUAUGUAUGUUGAUUGUUGCUCAUAAAUCAUAUUUUCUUAUUAGUUUAUAAAAA